AUGCUACUCGUUCUUACGGCGUCGCAAAAUCCCUUAACGACUGCGUUAACGACUCAACAUCAACAAACCCUAACGAUCUUCAUCCCUUCUUUGAAUUUCCAGAGCUCCAAAUUAUCAUUCCUCGGAGGCCAACAUGUAGUGGUGGUCGAUGAAGAAGAAGAAGACGAUGAUGAUGACCUUCACUGCAUAAAUUCUUCAAAGCAUUUUUCUUUGCAAUUUCCAAAAUGGAUUGAGUCAUCCGGACAUCAAGAAUCUCUGUGUUCUUCAUUACCCAGUAAACCAUCAUAG